CUCAAACCCUUAACACCUAACGUUCAAGCACUGAUUAUUGUUAGGGUUCUCUUUUUUGUUUUGAGUGAAAUCUAUUUGUCUUUAUUGUAUGACAGUAUGACUUAUACAUUGUCUUUUUGUGUUUGAUUGAUUUUUCAGGCAAAAUUUGGAGAAGGCUUUACAAAGAAAUCAUAGCUUCAAACAGUUGGCAGUUCAGGGACAUCAGAGAGACAGAGAAGCGGAAUGGCAUCGGACGAGAAGCUGGGGCGGGUGACUUCGGACGGAAUAGAGCCAAUUACGAGCUUUGAUGAGAUGGGGCUCAAGGACGAUGUGCUUCGAGGCAUCUACCAAUACGGCUACGAGAAGCCCUCCGCCAUCCAGCAACGGGCGGUCAGGAGCAUUAUUGGGGGACAUGAUGUGAUAGCGCAAGCGCAGUCGGGUACCGGCAAGACCUCCAUGAUUGCCCUAAGCGUUUGCCACCUGGUGGACACCUCCUAUCGAGACGUUCAAGCGUUGAUAUUGUGCCCUACGAGGGAAUUGGCGGCACAGACUGAGAAGCUGAUCUUGGGGGUUGGAAACUUCAUAAACAUACAAGUGCAUGCUUGCGUUGGAGGAAAAAGUGUGGGUGAGGAUAUCAGAAAGCUUGAGCAUGGAGUUCAUGUGGUUUGCGGAACUCCUGGUAGAGUCUUUGACAUGAUCAAGAGGAGAACUCUGCGCACUCGAGCCAUGAAAUUAUUAGUUCUUGACGAGUCUGAUGAGAUGUUAAGCAGAGGGUUCAAGGAUCAGAUUUACGAUGUCUACCGAUAUCUUCCACCGGAGCUCAAGGUUUGCUUAGUUUCUGCUACACUUCCUCAUGAAACCUUGGAGAUGACCAAGAAGUUUAUGACUGACCCUGUGAGGAUACCUGCCCAACGUGAGAUUUAAAAAUAACUUAAUGUAUUUGGGUAUUGGUCGAAUUCAAGUUAGUUCCUGCAUUCCAUUAUUGCAACUCUCACAAGUUUUGGUAAUGUUGAACUAAUGCCAUGCAACUGCAGUGCCCUGGAUUCAUAUAAUCGGUUGAACUAAUUAAACAGGUGAAUGCUGUGAACAAAUUACAGACUUGAUAUGAAGUAAUUAAAAUAAUUGCCACAUUUGCUCCAGUA